GUAGUAGGGGUAUUUAUGGUAUUUACCUAUUGUUUAGAGGUAUGUAGAACAGUAGAACAGUAGAAGCGAAGUAUAGCAAACUCGGCGAUUAUUAGCUUCAAAAGUACAGGAAAACGCUGAAAAAAUUCCAUACUUUUGACAGUACUAAAAUCACUUCCACCAUUAGAGCUGCUUCGAUUUCAAUUUGAGUUCUCGUAAACUCUUGUUUAUUUCAGAACAAAUGGCAGUUACGCUUCACACGAAUUUGGGUGACAUCAAGUGCGAAAUCUUCUGCGACGAGGUCCCCAAGACUGCUGAAAACUUUUUGGCACUGUGUGCGAGUGGCUACUAUGACGGAACUAUAUUUCAUAGAAAUAUUAAGGGUUUCAUGAUACAAGGUGGUGAUCCGACUAAUACUGGCAAAGGCGGGACGAGUAUAUGGGGCAAAAAGUUUAAUGAUGAGAUAAGAGAGUCUCUCAAGCACAAUGCUAGAGGUAUGCUAUCGAUGGCUAAUAGUGGGCCCAAUACUAAUGGAAGCCAGUUUUUCAUUGCUUACGGCAAACAGCCUCAUCUUAAUGGGCAAUAUACCAUCUUCGGCAAAGUGAUCCAUGGGUUCGAAAUCCUUGAUAUUAUGGAAAAGGCUCAAACAGGACCGGGCGAUAGACCUCUUAUGGAGAUCAGGGUCAACCGUGUGACAAUCCAUGCUAACCCUCUUGCCGGUUAAAAAAUUGCAGCUAACAAUAGUACAAACUUGUGCCUAGUCAAACAGCUGUUGAUGUAUUUAAUUUCAUCAGUACAUCUAAAACUAAAAACGUGACAUCAAAUUACGACUUAAGCCCGAUUCGUGAUGGGUGGUUGUUGAUGGCAUACUAUCUGAGUUUUUCGUUUUAGACAAGUGAGAUAUUAUCAGUGACUUACAUUAUU